AUGAUUGAUAAUUUUGGAGUGCUGCAGAGAGAUAUAGAGCUGUGGAGAGCAACCACAACUCCCACCAAUCAUCCCCACUAUCUUAUCAUUGUUGACCACUUCACUCGCUAUACUUGGUUUUACCCAUUGCAACUCAAAUCUCAUGUCAAACAAACCUUCAUUCUCUUUAAAGAGCUCACUGAAAAUCGUUUCCAAACGAGAAUCGGAACUCUCUUUUCUGACAAUGGUGGUGAGUUUAUUGCUCUUCGUCACUACCUCUCGUCUAAGGGCAUCUCCCAUCUCACUUCUCCUCCUCACACACCCGAACACAAUGGCUUGUCAGAACGCCGACAUCGCCAUAUUGUGGAAACGGGACUUUCACUCCUCCACCAAGCCAAAAUGCCAAACACCUACUGGUCCUACGCCUUUUCCACAGCCGUUUAUCUUAUCAACAGAAUGCCAACUCCUGUUCUCUCUAUGAACUCUCCCUAUCGCCUCCUAUUCCAACAAGAGCCUAACUGUUCCAAACUCAAAAUUUUUGGUUGUUUAAGUUUUCCCUGGCUCAGACCUUAUCGCUCUCAUAAACUGGAAACGAGAUCUACACCAUGUGUGUUCCUAGGAUACUCCCUAACCCAAAACGCUUACCUCUGCCUAGAUCCCACUUCAAAUCGUCUCUAUGUAUCUCGUCAUGUCCGUUUUGACGAACAAACCUUCCCCUUUCGUUCCUUGUCCUCUUCUUCUGCUAUCACUGCAGGUCGGAUUGAAGAUUGGUGCCCUCCAGUCACUUUGGUCCCACUCUCGCCACUCAUCACUUCCUCAAGUGUACCGCCACCGAGUUCGGAGCUCUCACCUCCAAAUGAUCCGCCGAAUUUCACGGAUACAACACCACCGGAGAACGUCGCCACCGCGUCUCUGCCAACACCCACGACGGCGGAGUCUAAUUCAUCGGCAUCUCCUGAAACCUCUCCGCCUGUCUCUCGUGCCGAUCUCUCACACCAAUCCGUCUCGGCAAAUUCCGAUCACACCCCGCCUACCUCCUCACAGGCCCAGGCCCAGUCACAGUCACCCUCUGGCCCACGUUCACCAACAGUGUUCAACAAUCACAGCCCACAGUCAAAUUCAACCCAGUCGGCAACCACAGUCCACGACUCGGAGACAAGCCCAUCCCCGUCUUCCGAUUCCUCCGCAUCUUCACCGACCAAUUCACCACCGGCGGACGUCGCUCCUCCGCCGUCUCUCGAAAACGCUCACACAAUGGUCACUCGCGGGAAGACUGGAAUUCGCAAACCAAAUUCCAGGUAUGCCCUCUCUGUUGUCAAUGCCAAACGUGACGACUGGAUUCCCACCACCGUCGCACAAGCCCUAGCGGAUCCCCGGUGGAGAGGAGCCAUGGGAGACGAGUACAACUCUCAACUCCGCCACAGAACCUAUUCCCUGGUUCCCGCUGCUCCGAAUCAAAACAUAGUUGGUACUCGCUGGAUCUACACUAUCAAGUAUGCUCCUGAUGGUUCUGUUCGCAGGUUGAAAGCUCGUUUUGUCGCAAAAGGCUAUUCUCAGCAGCCAGGCGUUGAUUACACAGAAACUUUCAGUCCGGUCAUCAAAUCGACCUUCCUCCGAACCGUUCUUGACGUCACCGUGAGUCGUUCCUGGCCCAUCAAGCAAUUGGACGUCAACACUGCCUUCCUUCAAGGUACGCUGAAAGAGGAGGUUUAUAUCAAUCAACCUGCUGGAUUUGUGGACCCUGAGAAACCGACUCAUGUUUGUCGCCUCCACAAGGCUCUCUAUGGCCUUAAACAAGCUCCACGAGCGUGGUACCUUGAGCUCAGUAACUUCGUUCUCUCCACUGGUUUCAUUAACUCUGUUGCAGAUACCUCUUUGUUCAUUCUCAAGCGCGAUUGGAGCCUUCUCUACAUGCUGGUAUACGUCGAUGACAUUAUUGUCACUAGUAAUGAUCAGCGACUCCUUGACCAGACCCUCCAAUCCUUGGCCACUAGAUUCUCUGUCAAAGAUCCAGAGGACCUCAACUACUUCUUAGGCAUUGAGGCACAUCGAACUCCCUCGGGUUUACACCUCACGCAACGCCGGUACAUUCUGGAUCUCUUAACACGCUGCAACAUGUUGGAUGCCAAACCUGUGACCACACCUAUGGCGAGUACACCUAAGCUGACUCUGGGUUCUGGAAUACCUCUCACCGAUCCCACUCAAUAUCGCUCUGUCGUUGGAAGCCUUCAGUACCUGUCUUUCACACGGCCAGAUGUGUCAUAUGCAGUAAAUCGGCUGUCACAGUUUAUGCAUGCUCCAACCUCAGACCACUGGCAAGCGGCUAAGCGGGUGUUACGAUAUCUCGCUGGUACAAGCUCUCAUGGACUCUUCUACAGCAAAGAAAAUCCAACCACCCUUCACGCCUACUCCGACGCUGAUUGGGGUGGCGAUCGUGACGACUACAUCUCCACGAACGCCUACAUUGUUUAUCUCGGUAAACAUCCAAUCUUCUGGUCCUCCAAAAAGCAAAAAGGAGUCGCCAGGUCAUCCACAGAGGCCGAAUAUCGAUCAGUUGCCAAUGCUUCGGCCGAGCUUCGCUGGAUUUGUUCGCUGCUCUCUGAAUUGGGUGUUCAAAUUCCUGCUCCUCCUGUGAUUUACUGUGACAACGUGGGUGCAACUUACUUAUGUGCCAACCCUGUCUUUCACUCACGCAUGAAGCAUUUGGCGUUGGACUAUCACUUCAUUCGGAAUCAAGUUGCCUCCGGAAUUUUACGUGUGGUUCACGUCUCUUCCAAAGACCAACUCGCGGAUGCACUAACCAAACCGUUGACAUGCGCUCCCUUCACGGACCUAACUUCCAAGAUUGGAGUCUCGUGUACUCUCUCCAUCUUGAGGGGGCGUAUUAAGGAAAGUACAUCUCCUAGUCAAUGA